UUUUCCUUAAAGCGUCACUUUCUCUACAGAAAUGAGCAGCAUUGGCGCGACACCGGCGUCUGUCGCGGGGCUAAAUACGGGUGUAGAGGGCUCAGUUUGCCGGUCAAACAGGUGACAGCGAGGCACGGGAUUUAAUUGUUAUUCCGAAAAAGAGGAAGACGGAUCCCGGGACAAAUGUUUGCUAACCGUGUGACUUUAGCCCGCAGGGAACUUUCGCUUCCCCGUUAAAGUUUUCGCUCAUGUCUGUUCCUGAAAACGCCGCUUGUUUACGGGACUGUUCUUCACUGUCCGUGAAGUAUUAGUUUGGUACAGCUUCAGUAUCUGUCGCUUCAUGACUGUAGAAAACUGCGUAAGAAGCUUUUAAGUGUGCGGUGCAGCGUCCUUUGUGAACAGCUGACUCACCCGCCGAAGGCCGGGCGGCACCGGGGUCGACGCUGAUCCCACCUCCAUGGGUUGAGCCCUCACUGUCUGAAGAUGAUCGGGUCACCGGAUCUGCUGGCCUUCACCGGCACUGAGGGGUUUGGGGAAGGAGAAGAGGACGAGGAGGCUCGGGCUCUACCUGAAGAGUUGUCUGUCCCCCUUUUACCUCCGUCCCACCCCUGGACCACCUCGGCCCAGUUCCACAGAGACUUCAUUUUGGUGGCUGAAUUCUCAGAGCAGGUGGGACCCACACCUGUACUGACAAUACCGGAUGACCCCAGAGUCGUUGGAUCAUUUGACCUCAACCACUUCUCUGUUCGCAUCAUGUCCGUGGACUACCAGGCGUCGGGCCCCGGCCACACCCCUCCCGCAUCCCCCGGCCCCCGCCUCAACUUCAGCGAGGACUCCAGAGUGAUUCUGGGAGAUUCAGCGGAAGAUGCCUUUGCAUACGUUCACCACAUGACCCUGUAUGACCUGCAGGCUCGGGGUAUGGUGCGACCUUUCUGCAUGGCAUACGUGUGCUCAGACCAGGCGAAGCUGAUGGAGAAUUUCUCUGAACUGUCGACGUGCUUCUCUCAGGCCUCUGACAGCCUCAAGACGGGAAACAGACAAGCUUUUUCGAUGGAGCUGCAGAGAAAAUUACAAGAGCUCGAGUACACACGGUUGACUCUGCUGAAGGAAACUGAACGUCCGAGGAUGGAAAAUGGAUUCACAGAGGUUGGAGAUAAAGCAGAUGAGCUUGAAGCUGUGGAGCGUUCAAUCUUAAAUCAUAGAGACCUCCUCCGCCAGGUCACGUCUUACCCAAACAGGAAGCUGAAACAGCCUGACUUCCUGCCCUACGACCCAGCGGACUCCCUCACUGAUCCGAUUGCGUUACUGUCUCCUGAGCCCUGUCCCUCCCUCUCCCUCUCCACCUCCACCUCCACCUCCUCCAGGUCUGAGCAUCGUCUGAAGCCUCUGCAGGAGCUUUGCAACACCUACUUCCUGUCACUGAUGAAGGAGCAGCUCGCUGACACCGAGCGCCGCCUGCAUGGCGACAGGAGUGUGCUGCGAAGUGCUUGUGUCGUACAUUCGUUGUCCAGGAGGCUCAACCUUGUGAACUUCCUGUUUGAGCUGUGGAGCCCAGAGGACGGAGAUGAGGAGGAGAGAGAGAGCGCUGAGGCAGAGCUGCAGAGGACGACAGGAAGCAAGAGCAGUGUCGAGGUGUUUCAGUCAGAACCAGUGAGCCCCGAGUUAUUCUGCUCCUGUGUGGAGGAGAUCCCCAUCAAACUGGAGGCCGGAGAAGCUGGGACAGUGACCCCUGACCCCAGUGUUGCCAUGGAGAUGACAGGAAGUGUGAGCAGCGGCGACAGCAUUGAAGUGCUCGGGACUGAGAAGUCUUAUCGGGCGCAGCGUGUCGUCACUGGAUGUGACAGCAGAGAAACACCAGCUGGGAUGGUGGACACUUCCAGGCGAGCCGCAGCAGAGGUUGGCAUCAGGCGCGUGCGAGCGUACGCCAGACGGGCCAACAGCGAGGACAGCAUCGAGGUGCUCAGUACGACUGAGUCAAUCUUCCCCGACGACCUCACAGCCAUCACGGAGGAAGAAGCCGAGCAUCAUCUGCUGAACAACGGCUUUGACGAUGAGGAAGAGAUACUGACAGAGCGUAAAUCUGAGGAGAAGAUGGUGAACGCAGCUACGUUAGUAAAUGACGAUGAGACUGAACGGCCUGUUUUGGAAGGAGGCGGUUGUGUUGACAGAGAUGAGUCCUUAACACCAAUAACUGUUCGUGGUGAGGGUGGAAUCAAGAAGGAGCAGGUCAGUGAGUGUUUGAAGAUCAAUGAAGUCUAUGGAGACAAACCUGAGAGGACGUCCAAACUACUGCAAGUGGAAGAAGCAGCGGAGUCGACGCCUCGGUGGCCUGAAGUCCAUCAGUCUGUGCCUGACCUUCAUGUGAACUUCUCCCCUCCUGUCAUCCUGGCUGAGGUUGACCCGUGGUCUCCGCCCUGCGCUCCUCUUCGGCUGCUGAGCGUCGACGAGGCGUCUGACUGCGCCAGCUUUACCGGCUCUGCCGACCUGCCCUCUCCCGCCCAAAAUUUCCACAGCAACACCCGCUCAGAUCAGAAGAGGAGAAGGAAGGCUGGACUCAGAGCCCUCAGGUUCCUCAAACAGAACUCCUUCUCCCAGCAUGCCGUGUUUUGUCUCCUGAGCGGCCGGCCGCUUGUUGUCAUCGGAGGGGACGAGUCUUUGGUCAGAAAACUUGUGGACGCUCUGAGUCUCUUCCUUCCUGCUCCUGGUCCUGAUGGAAAUGCGGUGAUGCUGUGUUUGACUACGCCACUUCAACUGACUGACCUGCUCACCUGGAGACUGAUAGGAAUACACAGAUCUUCCUCCAGCUCUUCGGCCAGCGUUCUUCAUUCUCUGACUCGCUACAGCCGCUAUAUGGCCCUGUUGGACCUGGACCAGAGGACGCUGCAGUGUCCAUCAUACUCCGGCUCUCUCAUCAGCAGACUGGCCAACCCGCACACUGGCAUCAGCCGAGGCAUCACCUACCUGCUGCACCUGGAGAGCUGCCUGACUGCGCUGGCCAACCAGGCUCUGCUGUACACAUUUAACCCUGCUUCACGACGUCCAAAGGCUGCUCAAGGAAAGGACGGUCCGGGAGAAGAGGACUUCCUGUUCACGCGAGGGUUCUGCAGCAGUGAGAAUGAUUUGAGGGUGAUGUAUUUCCUGUCUGAUCUCAUCAAACAGCGCCACGCAGGACGUGGACCGCCGGUUUUAAGGUUCUCUUACUGCUCACUGCACCUGCACAGAAAUACAUAUGCAGCAUAAACACUGGAUGAGCAAAAGCAACUGACUAGUGAUAGUCUCUUCUAAUAACCUCAACUAAAUGCACUGAUUUCCCUAUAAUUUUGACUGAUUCAGAGUUAUGUCAUCUGCCAUCGUGAACAUGUUAAGACAUAAGAAUCAAGCUUGUAUGUUUUUAUCUGCAGUGUUAAAUUUUAGUUUGUAUGCAUGCUCUUUACCCCAUGAUGCAUCUCUGGAUUACUGGACACGAAUGCACUAGUGCCUCACAAGCACCGAAGACUUUUACAUGCUGGCAGCUUCUACAGCUGGACUGGACUGUUUUAUGAAGUAUGAUGGUUUUAACAUGAAGGCUUUUUACUGACUCACAUGUGGAUUUUGAGAUGAUUGAGCCACACAACACUGAAUAAUUUAAGCAGGAAAUUACUGAUAAACCGGCAUAGUAUUGUUGCUUGUAGUUUGUGGAACUACAUUGACUGAUGAUUAUUUCAAAGCACCCUUGACUGUGACAAGUCUAUCAGGUCUGUUGCUCUGUCAUUUAACUUUUAACCACUUUAGCUGCAGUUUAAAAUGGGUUCAGACUGGAUCUGUCAGGGUUUCUGCCAGCUGAAAGCCAAGUUUAACAUGACUGCUCCCUUAAAACAAGCACAGGUUAUUUAACCUGAACACCAGAUUCCAAACAAAAAAGCUGAAACAAGGAAAUGUAAAUCUACUGAUGGGCAUGGACGAGAAUUUAAAAUUCAGUGUCCCCUCAGUCUACUUCCAGUAUCCAGUUUUGGAAAACAUUUUGGGAAAUAUACAUUUCCAUUGUCCUGCUAAAGAGUUUGAUUAAAUUUGGUAUCAGUGUCACUCUUGUACAGCAACAAAAAAAUUUCCAAACUUUAAAUGUACGACACAUUUUCAGGGACAGAGACAUGACAGAGCAACAGCCUACUUGUUUUACACUGCACUUUUGUUACUUCGUUGAUGCAACUAUGAGCCGAUUUUACUGUGUGUAUUUCUACUCUGAAUAAAGUCCUAUUUUACAUUGGGAUUAUAAAUCACAGCAAUAAACAAUCCAG